AUGUUACGGUCUUGUUUUCGGCGAGUUCCUAUUCUGAUAAAUCGUGUCGACAAACAUUUUGUAAAUACAACCGCCAAAAAGAUACCCUCACUUGAUAAUUACUUGGCGGCACUAGGAAAGGGGCUCGACUUCUUUGGCAUCCAUGGACCAACGGCGGAUGAGGUUACUAAAGAUCUCGAUUUGUCGAACAAAACAUGCUUAAUUACGGGAGCUAACAGUGGUAUCGGGUUGGAGAUGACGAAGACUCUAAGUUCUCGAGACUGUACGGUUCUUAUGGCUUGUCGCAAUCCCUAUGCAGCCAAUAUGGUGGCCAAAAAAGUUUGUGGAAAUAGCGAUCGCCUUAAACUUUAUGAAGUUAAUCUUGCGUCUUUGAGAUCAGUCAAAAAAUGUACCGACGAAAUUUUGAAAGAACAAUCGAAAAUUGAUAUCCUAAUUUUAAACGCAGCUGUAUUUGGAUUACCAUGGACUCUUACGGAAGACUCGUUAGAAACAACAUUCCAAGUUAAUUAUCUGAGUCAAUAUGUUUUGCUGAUGAAUAUUGAAAAGAUUCUUGCUCCUGAUGCGCGCGUCGUAAUCGUAUCUUCAGAAUCACACAGACAUGUAAGCUGGGAUUUCAAUAAUCAGUUGAUGCCCACGGAAGCGAUGGUGUCGCUACCCAAAAGUCAAUACACGUCUAUUAGAGCCUACAACAUUUCAAAGUUGUGCGCUAUUCACUUUAUGCAUUACUUGAGUUACCGGUGGCUGAACUCAGGCAAGUCAGUGUUCUGUGCACACCCCGGCACGUUCGUAAAGACGAGGUUGUGCCGGAACUGGUGGCCAUACGAGUUGCUCUAUACAAGUAUGAGACCUUUCUCCAAGUCUAUUAGCCAAGCAGCCAGUACACCUCUGUACUGCGCCACGUCCCCCGACCUGAACGGUUUGUCGGACGCGUACUACAAGGACUGUCGCCGCUGCGAAGUGAGUGAUCUGGGGCAGGACCUACACUUGUCCUUUAGAAUCUGCGAUUUAACGAAAAGUUUAAUCCGAGACCGCAUCUCUGCGACCGAAGAAGCCAAAGUCAAAGAAUCUGUCGCUUUUCCAGAUCAAGCCAAACAUACAAUUGAUGAGACUACUUUGGUAGCUAAUUAUACUGGCUAA